AUGCCUGGACACCCCACCCAAGGAGGCCCUAGCACAUCAGCCCCUGAGGGACCAAGUUCCCUCCUCAGACCCCGAAACUCUCAGCCUCACACUGACCCUUCUCCCGCCCUGCAGGCCUCGAGUCAUCCUAAACUCCCGGAGACCCUGAAACCCUUGAACCGAGGGACCCCUUCCCUCAGCCUGAGAUCCCGGCACGCCAUCUCCCUCCCUCAGCCCGAGGGAAUCCCCAACCCUCUCAGCCCGGGACCUGCCGCCCCUCAGCCUGAGAUCCCGGCACGCCAUUUCUCUCAGCCUGAGAGAACCCUAAACCUUCUCAGCCCUGAAAUCCUGGGACACCAUUUCUUCAGCCCGAGGGAACCGCAAAACCUCUCAACCUGGGAAACCCGUCCCUCAGCCUGGGGAUCUCAGCCUGCUCUGACUCCCAGACUUUCCCGCAGCCCCGAGGGAGCCACGGUCCUGGCGGCGUCCACGCCCCCUUGGCCAGCCGGGCCGCCCAGCUCCCAGGCCUCAGCGCCCCCGUCCGGCGCCGCCGGGGUCUUCCGCGCACAGGCCACACAGCACCUGGGAACACGGGCUGGUGGUGUGGGCGCCGCAGGCCUCCGCCCCCGCGCACUGGUUCCUCGGGCCCCGUGUCCCAGCAUUUCUGCCCGCGCGCCCGCCCAAAAGGUCGACUGA